AUGAAUAUACUUCAGCAGGCAAGUUGGAUGCUGAGGAAUAUUAUGGAAGCAAGGAAGACAAUACAACAGUUUCCAGAAGUAAACCAAAGACAGAGUGCUAUUAAGCAGAUUUAUCUAGGUCUACUGGGAAACCACAACAAAGUUGCAUGGAGAUCGUUGAUGUUUCACAAUGAAGCUAGACCUAAAGCAGUAUUCACAAUGUGGAUCCAAUGCCAUGGAAGAAUGCUCACAGCAGAUAGGCUAACUAAAUGGGGAAUCCAAGUAAAUCCAAGUUGCAGCUUAUGUAAUAAUGUAGAAGAAUCACAUAUGCAUUUAUUUGGUGAAUGCAGCUUCUCUAGAGCAGUGUGGUGUAGAUUACUGAAAUGGCUACAAAUGUGUAAAGCUUUAGUGAUUCCUUGGACGCAGAUGGUUACAUGGGUGAUUAUACAAGCUAAAGGAAAGUCAUGCAAAGCUAGAAUAGUGAAAAUGAUAUAUGCUGAAUACAUUUAUGGGAUAUGGAAGGAGAGAAACAGUAGAAUUUUUGAAGAGAAAUCAAAGAAUGCAGAAUAA